AUGUCAUCAUCAUCAUACACUCCGCCUUGCGCCGCGUGCAAGUUCCUCCGUCGUAAGUGUGUCCCGGGAUGCAUAUUUGCGCCUUAUUUCCCACCCGAGGAGCCUCACAAGUUCGCCAACGUGCACAAAAUAUUUGGCGCUAGCAAUGUGGCGAAGCUCCUAAACGAGCUCCCGAGCCACCAACGGGACGAUGCUGUCGGCUCCCUUGCCUACGAGGCGGAGGCUCGUGUCCGAGACCCCGUUUACGGAUGUGUCGGGGCCAUCACUUUUCUCCACCGACAAAUCGAACGACUCCAACGAGAGCUCGAUGCCGCCAAUGACCUCAUCCGCCUCGCCUGUGCUGCCGCCGCCGACCUCAACCCACCGCCGCCGGCCGCUGGAGGCGGUGGGGUGGGGACUUAUCAAGGGACUUUUGGUGAUUUGUAUAAUCACCAUAAUAACCCUAGUGGAGGUGGGUUUGAUGGGAGGUAUAACUAG